AUGACACCGGCUUCACUCCGACCUCCUCGACAUCACAUCCUUAUCAGGUUCACCGAAAACGGUCCAUCCGUCGAGCUGGUCGCCGUGCACACUCCUCGAGGCGGAGGCCGGGUCCCGGUCGGCUCACCGACGAAACCUUGUGAGUUAUAUUGCUUUGUUUGGGAGGUUUCGGGUGGCAAGAGCGGUGGGGUCAGGAGCAGGUGCGGCGGGUCAGCGCGCGGCGACGCGGCACAGCGCUAG